CAGGAGAAGCGGCCAUCGAGGGACAUAGAGACGGAAACAGAACCGGAGGAGGUGUUGGCGGUGGAGGCUGGAGGCUCGUCUUGUUCCCUGUCCUCUGUGUCUGCCUCACUAUCUGAUAAGAGCGUCUCCACUGAUAACAUAGAAGAGAUCAAGAGUGACGUCCCCUUUGCUGGGUUGUUCCGUGGGAGUAUCACCCCUAUGGAAGGAUCAGGGGAGGUGACUGCCUUAGAACGACCUCGCUCCCUGGUCACAUCUUCUGCUCUUAGGUCCUCAGUGGAUAGAGGAUGUCGGAACAGCAUGGGGAGUUUAACAGCACGAGACACGUCAGUGAGUGGCGGCAUCAGUGGUGGGUCGAGCAUGGGGCUGUUGUCACCCCUGGAGGAGGCCGAGGAGUGGGCCAGGAUCAACGACAUCAUGGCCAGCUUCGGCGGCGGCCUGGCCAGGGAGAGCGUCUUCAUGGCCGAGCUAGAGCAUGAGUUCCAGACCAGACUAGGGUUGUCACUGUCGCCAUCACAGCAGGGUCUGGGUCUGUUGUCGAGCAGUGGGAGCAGCGAGGGUGUUGGGGGCGUGGAGGUGGGCGUGGUAGAGGCGGGAGACAAGACGGUGGGCGGGUGGCUGCGUGCACUGGGUCUCCCACAGUACGAGGACGUCUUCGCCGCCCACGGCUAUGAUGACACUGACUUUAUGAAUGGCGGCAUCCUGGAGCUGGGAGACCUUCGUGAGUUGGGCAUCACACAGAAGGCGCACCUCCACACCCUACAGGAGGCUGUGUCACGGCUGCCCACGCCCCUACACGCCCUCCGCUCCUCUUACACCCUCCCGGACACCGUAGAGGCGUGGCUGGACUCCAUACGGUUACCGCAAUACGCCCAGAACUUCCACAAGAACGGCUUCGGCGACAUGGAGAGGGUGAAGAAGGUGUGGGAGAUCGAGCUGACCACCGUGCUGGAGAUCACCCGCCCCGGCCACCGUAAGAGGAUCUUGGCCUCGCUAGGAGAACGUCCUCUAGAGCCGGAGCUCCCGCCGGCGCUCAACCCGCAUGACCUUAGUCUGGAGCUCACCAAAUUGAACUCUGACAUCUCGCAGCUGAAGGAGCAGCUGUUCAACGACCUGCCCUCCUCCACGUGUCGUGAGAGGCGGCCGCCAGAGACCGCCACCAACACCAUCCGUCGCUCCGGCACCAAGAAGCGUAGCGCACCCCAGCCACCCAAGACCCCCAGAGCACAGCCGAGCUUGGACUUGCAGGGCAGCACAGACCAGCUAGGGCACUUGUCCAUCCGUGACCCCUCCCAGCUAGUGGUCGGAGUCCCCAACACAGUACUCACCACCUGGAGACACCACCCCAAUGCACUUGUCUCUGCUAGUGUCCAGUAUGUUGCACAGUAUCUUGGAUCCACCCAUGUGAAAGAGCUUAAAGGAACAGAAUCCACAAUGAAAUCCAUCCAGAAACUGAAGAAGUCCACCUCAGAGGGUUCCAAGAUCCCAAAAAUUGUUCUCUCCGUGUCAUAUCGAGGUGUCAAGUUCAUUGAUGCUUUAACGCAGGCAUUGGUGUGUGAACAUGAGAUCCGCAACAUCCACUGUGCCUGCCAGGAUGCUGAUGACCUCUCACACUUUGCUUACAUCACCAAAGACUUAGAGACUAAGGGACACUAUUGCCACGUCUUCAGAGUACAGUCAAGGGAGCUUGCAACAGAAAUUAUCCUCACAUUAGGGGAAGCCUUUGAAGUGGCUUACCAACUAGCACUUCGAGAACAACCGUACACAAACCAAUCUGAUGAGCAGAAAUUGGCUCAUGGACACACUAGGUCAAAAUCAGAGCACUUACGAGGCAAUCGUGCACUCUCAAAUGGCUCUUCUCAUACCAGAUCACAUUCCACAGUGCCCCAGCAGAUGUCCAUUGGGGGUGUAUCAAGCAGCUCAGCAGAGAAUCUUCUUUCAGACUCUGGCAAUGGGUCAGAAAAAGAAUGUGGCUCAAGAAGAGAUUCUCUUAACUCAGUGCCAUCAGGUCAAACUCAGAUGAAUGGGUCAUAGUGUGUGUGUACUUUUUUUUCUCCAAAGAACAGUUAUAUUUGUGCAAGGAAUUGUGAUUUUUCCUAAUGUUUGUCUUAUCAUAGUUCAAACAGCACUCAUAAUUACCGAAUAGUGGAAUAGUGUUCGUGGGCAAGACUUUUUCCUUAAAUGCCACUGAGUUGAUCUCAGAUAGAAGGCAUACUCUUGACUAUUAAGUCUUAUUGAUAUAGUGUACAGACAUUCCUUGACAUUUUUUUCAGGUUUAACACCUAACACAGAAAGUGUGUGACACUAUGUUUACUGAAAACACUUUACUUGCAGUUCUACUUACGGAUAUCUAACUGAAGGUCAUUUGGAUACCGAGAGACAUUGAAAGUUUUGAAUUUCCUCCUAUUUCUUGGUUAAAUAAUUUGGGAAUUCAACACUUGAAAUUUAAUUUGCAUGAUACACUUGAUCAUAAAAUCAUCAAAAAUUACAUAUAAUAGUGUGAAUCAAAGAAAAAGAUAUAAAAAAAGUUAUUUGUUUAAUGUUAAAUUGAACAAUACUGUGUAUGAUAUUGUUCAGCCUAUGGAAUAGUCAUGCAAGAUACACCUGAAAAUUUCUGCUUGAUAAGUGAGUGAUCAGCCUUGAAAAUUUUAAGCUGACAUUUCAGUGUCUUGAAAAGGUAGCUAAUAAAUAGUUUCUCCAAGAGAAAUGACAUACCUAAGAUAUUCUAGAGGAGUAAGAUAGUGUACUUUUAAAGUUAUGGUUCAUAGAAAAUGAAGUGGUUAUUAAAAAGUACUUUAGGUGUUUUGCCCAUUUUUUAAGUUCAGCACGGGAUCAGUCAUGUGAAUUUGACUUAAGGAACAAAAUUAAAUAUUUGUGAAGAAAUGAAUCUCAGAAGAUGCAUGUCACAAGAACGGAGCAUUGAUUUUAUUGCCGACUGAGUUCGCCUUUUUAUUAGCCUUGUUGAGCCAAAAUUUACUGUCUACAACUAUGAUAAAGGCUGAUGAGUGAGAAGGCACAUUAACAGCUGCAAGGGAUGUGGUGCCCAUCCUCAAGCCUGCACAAGUUGUCUUUCACAGAGUGUCAAAUAUUUAUAUGUUCAUUGUUAAUUGGAAUUCAAGAAAUGUUGUGAUGAGGGCAUGAAAGACCAUUUAUUUUGGGUAUUGUUUUACAUGAUGUUGACUUUCAUAUGUGAAUAUUCUUGAUAAUUUCAUUCCAUAUUAUUUCUUGAUGCUAUAUGGUUUAUUGGGAAAAUUGUAUACGUUUAGUGUGUCAAUUGUUAUUUUAUUUUAAUUUUUUUUGGUAAAAUUUUUUUUAUUUUAUUUUUAUUUUUUUUUAAAUAUUAUUCACUACGGUAUAUCAGAUUUGUUAUCACUGUUUUGAUACUUGGUAUAUCUGGGGGGUGAAUUCAUUGUGUGAUGCAUUGUUCUUAUUAUCAGUGAUAUUAGAUGGCUUAUUAGCAAGUUAGAUUACUCAGUCAAGCAGCCUCAAUUGUCACUGAGUGAUUGUAAGCAAUGUGUUGGAGAAUUUAUGUUCCAAGAACACUUGUUGCCUCACCUUUUUUCCCCCACUACAUGGCAUCCAAGCAUGGUUCUUCAUUAUUUUCUCAGGUUCCAAGUUCUGGACAUAGUACUGAGCACUGCAUCAGCACAGCAAGUUCCCAUAUAUUGUACAUAUGUGUGUAUGAGUGUCUGAUUAUAGGUUUAUAAGCCUGCAUUGACAAGUGGUUCUGCCUGACGUGACACUUGAGGUGAAGUGCCCUAAAACACAGACCACAUAUAUAGUUAAUCUUCUUUAGUAUCAAGAGUAGCAUGAAGAUUGUAUUAGUUUUAAGUAAUCCAUUUAUCUUCUCAUUGUGAUCAUAGCAUAUAUACAGUAAAAAAUAGGUAUUAUCUAAUGUCAUGGAAGUGAUAAUAGAAUAAAGGGAUAAAGAGACACUUUAAAGUGGGCGAUCAAGUGUUCAGUAAGCAGCGAGGGAAAAUGUCGACAAAAGAAGCAACGUUGCAUCAUGCCUUUUUAAACGGUGCUUAUUUGAGCACAACUUGUAUAUUUGUACUUCUAGGUUGUUUGCACAGUUGGCACUAUUAGGUGUUUGGCAUUGGCUGUUAAAAGCUACAAGUCUUAUUUGUAACUUCAAUAAAUAUGAGUUAUACUUCCUCUACUUUUAACUUUAGACAUUCAAAAUAUUCUAAAUAUUUCAGUACAUGAGGGAGUGUAUAUAAUUCUAUAUUAUGUAUCUAUGUAUGUAUGUAAAAGUUUUAUCCCCCAAUUUCAGUAAUUUUGAAUGUUGCUUUUAAUCACAAUUUUUAAAUAUGGUUUUCCUAUGUAUUAUUAUAUCUAGUGUAUAUGUUGACUCGGCUGUUGACUUUGCACCACACCUUCAUCCAUCUCACUUAAUACUACCUGUAAUGCUUAGAGCUUUGAGAGUAUAUAGGGGAGUAAAGGUGUCGUAUCUCCAGACCUUUCAAGCUUAAGAUGCAUCUAAUCUUGAUUUUUGGGGGGAAUCAUUCCAUGCUAGUCAGUCAUAUUACUAUUAUACUCAGUGAGAUGGUUGUAGGUUGUUGAUAAUACACUACAGAGGGCGUUGGGGGUUUGUGUCAAAAAUCUCAAAUGGCCGCUGCAGUUUUAGACAAUGAAUUUUAGAUAAUGCAUACAAUUGUUUUUUCUUUGAAGAAUUGUAAUAUUGUAGUCAUCUCAAAGUGUUUGUCAUGUUUUAUAUACGUUUUGUACAUCAAAAUAACCUUGGCAGAGUUUUUUUUCAUGGGUAUUUUUUCCUAUGUAGAGAAAUUUUCCUUAAUGAUAAUUGGUACUACUUGAUGGUACUGUGCAAUUCCAUUUACAGAAAUAGGCUACUACUUACAACUUGUGUAAAGCAAUUUUAUAAUACAUUGUAAUUACGUUAUCACUUAAAGGAGUCAGGAGUUCACAGAAGCAAUAUAUACGUCUGACUCAUUACUGUUUGUUUUCUAUCUAGAAAUUUUUACCGAAUGCUGUAUACAUAGUAAACCUUUAAUAAGAGGAAUGUUACAACGCACCAGUUACUGAUGUGUACUACUGGCGUGUGCUAGUCAUGAUGAAGAUAUGUUCCCUGUAUCUGUGUGUCUGUAUCAUUGUUAUGUUGUAGGCUGACUGGACACGUGACAAUUGCUGUGGUAUAGGAGUGUAAAAUGCACGUGGUGUACCUUAUACCCGCCUGCCUCAUAACUCAAUAUUCCAACACCUGAGACCAAUGAAAAUUUUCUUAGAU